UUCCUUCAGAUUACCUAUGGACCUUUAGAUUACANCUUCAAUGAUAAUGAACAAUCUCCCUAUGUCUAUCAGAUGGCCCCAAAGGACACAACUCUAGCAUUGGCAAUGGUCUCCUUUAUACUUUACUUCCACUGGAACUGGGUUGGUCUUGUCAUCUCAGAUGAUGAUCAAGGCAUUCAAUUUCUCUCNGAGUUGAAAAAAGAAACCAAAAAGAAGGAAAUUUGCUUUGCCUUUGUGANCAUGUUAGAACNCUCUGGGCGUUCAUUCUAUCAGUAUACUGAANUGAACUACAAACAAAUUGUGAUGUCAUCCACAAAUGUUAUUAUCAUUUAUGGGGAAACAAAUGGCAUUAUUGAAUUGAACUACAGAAUAUGGGAAUCUACUCUUAUACAGAGAAUAUGGGUCACCACAACACAAUUGAAUUUUCCUACCAUUAAAAAGGACUUACCUCAUGGCACAUUCUAUGGGACUUUUACUUUUCUACCCCACCAUGGUGAGAUUUCUGGCUUUAAAAUUUUUGUGCAGAGAUUGGGCCAUCUCAAAAGAACAGAUUUGUAUCUAGCAAUUCCAGAGUGGAAGUACUUUAACUGUGAAGCCUCAGCAUGUAACUGUAAAAUACUGAUGAAUUAUUCAUUGAAUGCCUCAUUGGAAUGGCUAAUGGAACAGAAGUUUGACAUAAUCUUUAGUGAUGGUGGUCAAAACAUAUACAAUGCUGUGUAUGUCAUGGCCCAUGCUCUCCAUGAGAUGAAUCUGCAACAGGUUGAUAAUCAGGCAAUAGACAAUGGGAAAGGAGCCAGUUCUCACUGCUUGAAGGUAAACUCCUUUCUGAGAAAGACCCACUUCACUAAUCCUCUUGGGGACAAAGUGAUCAUGAAACAGAGAGUAAUACUGCAGGAAGCCUAUGACAUUUUUCACUCUUGGAAUCUCUCACAACACCUUGGGAUUAAGGUGAAGUUAGGAACGUUCAGCCCAUAUUUUCCACAUGGACAACACUUUCAUUUAUAUGGAGAAAUGAUUGAGUUGGCCACAGGAAGUAGAAAGAUGCCGUCCUCUGUGUGCAGUGCAGAUUGUAGUCCUGGAUUCAGAAGAUUCUGGAAGGAGGGAAUGGCAGCCUGCUGUUUUGUUUGCAGCCCUUGCCCUGAAAAUGAAAUUUCUAAUGAGACAA